AUGCAGUUACGCUGGGAUUACCCAUCGGGCUUCGCGGUUGGAGCAUGGGGUCCAACGACGUCCAAUCACAACUUUUGUGAAGAGGACUAUAUCAUCACACCGUACAUUGGCGAAUUCAUCAACACCCUCACCAACAUCACCUAUGUAAUCUAUGGCCUCAUCGGUCUCCGCCGUGUAACCCCCAAAGCAGACGGCGGCCUCCUCUCCACGCUCGCCUUCCCCUACUGGGGCCUAAUCAGCGUAGGCGUGCUCUCAGCCUGGUUCCACGCCACGCUAAAAUACCACUCUCAAAUGGGCGACGACCUAAGCAUGUUUCUAGCCGUAGGCGCCAACCUAUACCAACUGCUCACUUUUCGCGCUUCACCCUCUCAACGCCGCCUCUACGCCUUGUACAUCCUCGGCAGUCUAUUCCCAAUUUCCGUCUACCACGUGUGGGCCGAUGAAAUUGUGCUGCACGAAAUUGCGUUCGCAGUCAUGGUUGUGCUGGUGACAAUUCAGACGCGCAAGCUAAUUAAAGCGCGGAUUACAAAUGAGGUGCAUAGGAAGAAGCUGGGUAGUAUGGCUACGUUUGGGUUGUCCACGGGCUUGUUUGGGUAUUUUCUUUGGAAUAUUGAUUUUCAUGCUUGUGAACAUGUUACGAGGUUUAAGAGAUGGGUGGGGCUGCCUUGGGGUUUUUUGUUCGAGUUACAUGGCUGGUGGCAUAUUUUUACCGCCAUUGGCUCCUAUGUGGGUAUGGCGCUAGUGGAGUAUCUGGUUACGCUGGAGGACGGGGCAACGAGGAAGUUGGAAGAGGGGUUUGUGUGGCCGGUUAGGGCAGUAUUGAGGGACAUUGAUGGGGUAGAGGAGAGUGGUGAUGUGGCGAAGAAGGAGUUGUGA